GGGACAGACCACCUCACCCUGCACGUGCCGCAACGUGUUUGUGGAUUCCAAAUUACAAAAAAAAAAAAUCCUUAUUUGACUUUGAUGCCUCCCUGCUGCCCACGUGCACGAAUAGGAGGAGACUCCCCGCUGCUUCUCCACUUGGCUUCACCAUCAUCACCAAGCCGACAUCUCCUCCUCUUCUGUCCUGUGGGGGCUUUUAGAAGUUGCAGAGGAUGCUCUCCGGCGGGGCUUCACUGCCGGAUGCUUGAGUGUCCCCAGCACGUAUUUUAGCAUCUUCUUCUUCUUCCUCCUCCUCGAGCAACAACACGUUCAACUCGGAGCGUCCUGAGCACAUCGGGCUGAGAGAAAUGUGACUUUGGAGGAGCGAGGCGGCACCACCGCUCCCCCUUCAGCACCACGGACAGCGCAUCGGCGCCUGACGCGCCUCUCCACUCGGCCCGCCUUCCUUCCUCCCUCCCUUCCUUCCUUCCUUUCCUUUCCUUUCCUUUCCUUUCUCCAUUCACUCAGCCUUGCAGGACCGCUCCGGAGGAUGUGUGCCGGCGCAGCGCUGCUCGUCCAGCCCGCUGGAAGCUGAGGAAGCCCGGACAGGCUGUAAUCUCCAAAAGCCCAGAGGAGGAGGCCAGCCAAGAGGAUCGCACUGAUGGUUUCUAUGGCCUCUGUCAAAAUAAAAACCUGAGAUCCGGUGCUGCGCCUCACCGUGCUUUUUCUUCAGACGCGGCGACAUCCCAAGAAAACACGACCAAAACGCACAGUCAGGACCUUUUCUCUGCCCAGGGAUAUGUCAUUGGGGAAAUCCCCAGUGUUGGGGGUGCGCCCUGUGCCCCGACCCCACUGGCUGUCCCGCCUCAUCCUCCUGGUCGUAUGCGUGAUUCUCUUUGCCCAGGCUCCCCAGGGUUUGCCUGUGGUAGGUUAUAACACUGACUCCAAAAAGGAGAUCACGCUUGAAGGAGAUUUGAUGAUCGGCGGCCUCUUCCCUGUGCACCAAAAGGGCGAGGCCGCUGAGGAUUGUGGGAAGAUCAACGCUCAACGAGGAAUCCAGCGACUGGAGGCCAUGUUGCUCGCGCUGGAUGAAAUCAACAAGGACGAGCGCAUCUUGCCUGGGAUUCGUUUAGGAGCUCACAUACUGGACACGUGCUCCAAGGACACUUACGCUCUCGAGCAGUCGCUUGAGUUCGUCAGGGCUUCGCUCACCAAAGUGGACGACAGUGAGUACACGUGCCCCGAUGGCUCGUACGCCAUCCAUGACGAUGUCCCCUUGGCCAUCUCUGGAGUUAUCGGAGGAUCUUACAGUGAUGUUUCCAUUCAGGUGGCCAACUUGCUGCGACUCUUUCAGAUCCCUCAGAUCAGCUACGCCUCCACCAGUGCCAAACUCAGUGACAAGACUCGAUAUGACUACUUUGCCCGCACCGUGCCCCCGGAUUUCUUCCAGGCCAAGGCCAUGGCUGAGAUCCUACGUUACUUUAACUGGACGUAUGUGUCGACGGUGGCAUCGGAAGGGGACUACGGUGAGACUGGAAUUGAUGCUUUUCAGCAGGAGGCUCGGGCCCGACACAUCUGCAUUGCCACCUCGGCCAAGGUGAGCCGUUCCAUGAGCCGUUGGAGCUAUGAGAAUGUGAUUCGCUCCCUGCAGCAGAAGUCCAAUGCCAAGGUGGUUAUCCUGUUCACUCGCAGCGAAGAUGCUCGUGAGCUUCUAGUCGCGGCCAACCGCAUGAACGUCACCUUCACUUGGGUGGCCAGCGAUGGCUGGGGAGCGCAGGAGAGCGUGGUGAGAGGCAGUGAAGCUGUUGCUGAUGGCGCAUUCACCAUUGAACUGGCCUCCUAUCAGAUCCCCCAGUUUAACGACUACUUCACUGCCCUCCAUCCGUACAACAAUACCAGGAAUCCUUGGUUCAGAGAGUUCUGGGAGAACCAGUUUCAGUGCAGCCUCCAUGAUUUAAGCUGUGGGAAGCACUCCCUGCGAAAGGAUCCCUUUCAACCCGAAUCCAAGAUCAUGUUUGUGGUGAAUGCAGUUUAUGCCAUGGCCACCGCAUUGCACAACAUGAGGCAGGCCUUGUGUCCAAACUCCACCAAGGUCUGCGACGCUCUUAAACCUGGCAAUGGCAGGAAGUUUUAUCGGGACUACAUUCUCAAGACAAAGAUUGAGGCACCAUUUCGUCCCCCAGAGACAGAUAACAUCGUCCGUUUUGACGCCUUUGGUGACAGCUUUGGCCGCUACAACAUUUUCCACUACCACAAGGAGGGUGGACGGUACAUCUACCACAAAGUUGGCUACUGGGCUCAGAGCUUGACCCUGAACACUAGUCUGAUCCCCUGGGAUGGCCAGGGUGCCCCCGCCUCGCAGUGUAGCGAUCCCUGCAGGAAGAAUGAGGUGAAGAGUAUGCAGCCUGGAGACGUGUGCUGCUGGAUCUGCAUCCCUUGUCAGUCCUACCAGUACUUGCAGGAUGCGUUCACAUGUGCUGACUGCAGCUUUGGACAGUGGCCUCUGGCUAAUCUGACAGGUUGUUAUGACCUACCUGAGGAGUACAUUCGCUGGGAAGACGCAUGGGCUAUUGGACCUGUCACCAUUUCCUGCCUGGGGAUGAUGUGCACGCUCUUCGUCAUUGGCCUGUUCUUCAAACACAACGAGACGCCCGUGGUGAAGGCCAGCGGUCGUGAGCUGUCCUAUAUUCUUCUGCUGGGGGUGCUGAUGUGCUACACGAUGACUUUCAUCUACAUCGCUAAACCUUCCACGGCAGUUUGUACGCUGCGCCGCCUGGGCUUAGGAACCUCCUUCGCUGUAUGCUACUCAGCCCUCCUGACCAAGACCAAUCGCAUCGCUCGGAUCUUCAACGGGGUUAAGGGCGGGGCCCAGCGACCUCGAUUUAUCAGCCCAGCCUCCCAGGUUGCCAUCUGUGGCGGUCUGAUCUCCUGCCAGCUGGUCGUGGUGGUGGUUUGGCUGCUCAUCGAAGCUCCAGGAGUGAGAAAGGAAGUGAGCCCCGAGAAGAGAGAUGUGGUCACCCUCAAGUGUAACAGCAAGGACUCCAGCAUGCUCAUGUCUCUCACCUAUAACUGCAUCCUCAUCAUCCUCUGCACGGUUUACGCCUUCAAGACCCGAAAGUGCCCCGAAAACUUCAACGAAGCCAAGUUCAUUGGGUUCACCAUGUACACGACCUGCAUCAUCUGGCUGGCUUUUCAGCCCAUUUUCUACGUCACUGCCAGUGACUACAGGGUGCAGACCACCACCAUGUGUAUCUCUGUCAGUCUGAGCGGGUCGGUCGUCCUGGGCUGCCUGUUUGCUCCCAAGGUCCACAUCAUCCUGUUCCAGCCACAGAAGAAUGUCUGUACUCUCAGGGUGGCCACCACCCGCUUCAGUGUUACCACCGGCCCGGGCUCCAGUUUCUCUCAAGCAUCAGCCUCCAAUAUCGUUCCGACAGUGUGUAAUGGGCGAGAGGUGGUCGACUCCACGACGUCUUCCUUGUGAAGAUCAGCCAAGCGUUGUAAACACAAUUAUAUAACCACUAGUCCUCAAUCAGGUGUCUCAGAUAUUACAGAGGAUGAUUGUCCUGACUUUGUUGUCCGCAAAGUGAUGUGAGUACAAUGUCCCAAUGAUUUUAUUCUGUUCAGUUCAAAGAGAUUUUCAAAGCUCAGUGCCAAUAAAAGUUACAUAGAGUAUUGCCAUCCUUUUUAUUGCAACAAAUGGAGUAAACGAUAGUGCAACUGUUAAAUGUAUUAUAUACGGGAUGUUUUUAAUGUAGACUUUGGUGAAAAGUUUGUGCUUUCUUGUAAUUUAUGUAAAUAAAAUGUGUUUUUUAUCAAUACCAAAUUGGCUCGGUGUGAAUUCUUGCAUGGAAUGAAGCACAUUUGCAGUCUUCAUGCCAUGUUCCACAUGACAAUUGAGACUUAUGGGUUUGGUUUUCCUUUGUUCAUUGAUGUUUCCUUUUGUUGUGCUCUUAUUUUGUUAUAUCCAUUUCCCGUAUUGCACGGUUUUGAGUUCUCUUGGCCUUGUUCUGAGGCAGCUACCGGUCUCAGAUGUUCCUCGUUAAUAAUCAGCAGGCUUCGUAAGCACAGCACUGGUACUGGGGCAAUGAUGGACCGGUACGUUUGCGUUGGAUGAUUGGAAGUGAUUUCAAUGGUGAGCUUAUGCUAUUCUCUACUUCUACUUUGCUUUGGAAUUUUGUAUUUUUUAUUAGGGCUGUCGGCCGCACGGUGGUCUAGUGGUUAGCACGUUGGCCUAGUGGUUAGCACGUUGGCCAACACAGGAACAGCCUGGAGAUCGGGAAGACCUGGGUUCGAUUCUCCCUUGGGCAUUUCUGUGUGGAGUUUGCAUAUUCUCCCCGUGUGCGCGUGGGUUUUCUCCGGGUACUCCGGCUUCCUCCCACAUUCCCAAAAACAUGCAGGUGAGAUUAAUUGGCGACUCUAAAUUGUCCAUAGGUGUGAGUGUGAAUGGUUGUUUGUCUGCUGGAAAAUACGCUGAAAACCUGUACAUUUGCCAUGUCUGAUCGCAACCCCUCAUUGCUCAUAAUUACAGGGCUUAAAAUGUGAUUCAAAUGUUCUGCUACAUUUAAAGAAACUAGUGUGAGAAAAAUAGAUUUUUAGACUUGUGUGGUAUAUUUUAGCUGGUUUGACAUUAAGUUCAUUUGGAGCUGUUAAUUCAUACAAAUAUAUACAAUCCUGUCCUGUCAUUUAUCUUUCUGUUCAUUAAAUACAGUAAAAAUGGGCAUGUUAGAUAUAGUUGCUAAUGGUGAUUAAUCAUGAUUAAUUAUUUAAAAACUGUGAUUCGUCUGAUUACAAUUUUUAAUCAUUUGACAGCCCUAAUUUUUAUACUUUUGUUGUGUCAGCCCUGGUGACCCAUGCCGCUCUUUGUGAGCUCAUUUUUGGAUAACAAAGACCUUUUUGACUACACCAGCUGACCUGUCUUUGCAUCCUGGGGUAACGCUGCAACAAAUAAUAGCAAAACAUAGCACUUCAAGCACAAUGGUAACAUCAGAAACUAGAUUUUUUUAGAAGGCCUGGAUACUGUGGGCAUGUCUUGGUUGACACAACUCUGGAGCAUCGCAUGGACAUCGGGAGCCUCUGGAUAGGUGGACCGGGGGGGUGGUCCCCCUUUUUCAGAAGGGAGACCGGAGUGUGUUCCAACUAUCGUGGGAUCACACUCCUCAGACUUCCUGGUAAGGACUAUUCAGGGCUUCUGGAGAGGAGGAUCCACCGGAUAGUUGAUUCUCGGAUUCAGUAGGAGCAGUGCGGUUUUUGUCCUGGUCGUGGAACUGUGGACCAGCUCUACACUCUCGGCAGGGUUCUUGAGGAUGCGUGGGGGUUUGCCCAACCAGUCCACAUGUGUUUUGUGGACUUGGAGAAGGCAUUCAAACAUGUUCCACGAGGAAUCCUGUGGGAAGUACUCCGAGAGUAUUGUGGGGUAUCCAGCCACCUUAUUUAGGCAGUUCAGUCCCCUGUAUGACCGGCAAUAUGUUGGACUUGUUUCCAGUGAGGGUUGGACUACGCCAGGGCUGCCCUUUGUUGAUACACCGAUUUGGUUCAUUACUUUUAUGGACAGAAUUUCUAUGUGUAGCCAGGGCGCUGAGGGGAUCCGGUUUGGUGGCUGCAGGGUUGGGUCUGUUUUUGCAGAUGAUGCCGUCCUGCUGGCUUCAUCCGGCCAUGAUCUUCAACUCUCACUGUAUUGGUUCACACCCAAGUGUGAAGCAGCUGGGAUGAAAAUCAGCAUUUCUAAGCCCAAGUUUAUGGUUCUUGUACAGAAAAGGGCGGAGUGCCAUCUCCAGGUCGGGGAUGAGAUCCUGCCCCAAGUGGAGGAGUUUAAAUACUUUGGGGUCUUGUUUGAGUGAGGAAGGAUGGAACGUGAGAUCAACAGGUGGAUUCCGGCUGCGUCUGCAGUGAUGCGGUCCCUGCAUCAGUCUGUUGUGGUGAAGAAGGAGCUGAGCGGAAAGGCAAAGCUCUCAGUUUACCGGUGGAUCUAUGUUCUGGGGAGAGAGAAGUCUGGGCUUCCCUGCUUAGGCUGCUGUCCCUGCGACCCGACCUUGGAUAAGCAGAAGAUGAUGGAUGAAUGUUGAAAGGUUAUAAAUACCAUACAUAAAUGGGCAGGCUAUUGAAAUAUCUGUAUGAACGCAACACAGCCAAAGGCAGUCAUAUUGAAUGUAAUUUAUCAUUUUUAAUAAGCUCCAAGUCCAGGAAGUUCAUAAAGAGUAGGGACGGGCGAUCCUUAACAUUUCAAAUGUGUAUUGAUACUGAUACUUUUUCUGCCACAAUUUUAUUGAUAGUCAAACCUCUGUUUCCGUAUGCUCCGUUUUGUCAAACAUUUUUGCCAAAAUUGAGGUUUCAUAUACUCUGUUUUUGUACAGUGUUGCACGUAACAAACUAAGCUGUUUGCUCUGUGCUGUAUCGUUCCGUAAAAUCGAGUGCCCAAACAAAGCACCCUACGCAUCGCUGCCUCACUGUCCAUGCAUUUUUUUGUUGAGUGCAACUGCUAAAUAAACCGCCAUGGGGCCAAAAAGGUUGCAAGGGCCAGCACUUUGAUACAGGUGAGAAGCACUACUAAACUCACAAUAACUUCCAUCCAUUCAUCAUUUAUACUUUGCACUGUUUUGUGCAUGUAUAAUUAUAAUUAAGAUUCAAGAUUCAAGAGUUUUAUUGUCAUAUGCAUAGUAAAACAGGUAGUUAUACUAUGCAAUGAAAUUCUUAUUCUGUUCAUUCUCCCAAGAAAAGAAAGAAAACACAAGAAAAAGAAUAAGAACAUAAGAAACAUAAAUACCAAUAAAUUAAGCAACAACAACAGAAGAGACAUUAAUACAGAUAAAUAAUACAAAUAAAUAAAUAAAUAAAUAAGUAGUAGUAGUAGUACUUUAUUAAUCCCACAGCAGGGAAAUUCAUCUGUUACAGCAGCAAGCAAGAUACAGUGUGCGUGCAGCGUGUGUGAGUGCUUCGUUGAGAAGCCUGAUGGCCUGUGGGUAAAAGCUGUUCGCCAGCCUUGUGGUCCUGGACUUCAAACUCCUGUAGCGUCUACCUGACGGUAGGAGUGUGAAUAAUGAGUGUUGUGGAUGUGUGCUGUCCUUGAUGAGGUUGUGUUUUCUGCGUAGGACUCUAGUUUUAUAAAUGUCUUGCAGUGAGGGGAGGGCUGCCCCAACAAUGUUCUGUGAGGUCUUGAUCACCCGCUGGAGUGCCUUCCUAUCAUGUGUUGUACAGUUACCGUACCAAACAGUGAUGGAGGCGGUAAGGACACUUUCCAUAGUGCAUCUGUAGAAGCAACUCAGGAUUGUGGUGGACAUGCCAAAUUUCCUCAGUCUUCUCAGGAAGUACAGUCUCCUUUGGGACUUCUUCAGAAUUUGUUGGGUGUUGUGAGACCAGGUGAGGUCCUCGCUGAUGUGUGUGCCAAGGAACUUGAAGGUUUUCACCCUCUCCACCUCAGUCUCAUCAAUAAACAGGGGUCUAUGCGGCUCCUUUUCCCUUGUUCUUGGGUCGAUGAUCAUCUCUUUAGUCUUAUCUGUAUUGAGAAGGAGAUUGUUAUCACGACACCAAGCUAUGAGGUCCGCCACCUCUCUUCUGUAUGAUGUUUCAACACCACCAGUGAUCAGGCCGAUGACUGUAGUGUCAUCCACAAAUUUAAUGAUGCUGGUGUUGUUGUGGGAGGCCACGCAAUCGUAGGUGAAGAGCGUGUAGAGGAGUGGACUCAGCACACACCCCUGUGGGGUCCCAGUGCUCACAAUUAAUUAUAUAUUUGGAAAAAUGUUGUCUUUAUUUUUCUCAAGCUGCUGCACCUCAACUUAAGUGUGAGACGCCUGCCUCACACUUUUAGAAACACAGCUUUUAUUGAGCCAAGCCACAUAUUUUACAUUAGGAAAAAAAAUGUCAAGAGUACACCAUGAGACAAAAAUGUCACAAAAGGUACAAACAGUAUGCAGUGCAGUGAGUAUACUGACUUAUUGUGUGCAAAGGCGUAUUGUGUCAUUUGGGCGACCGAGGCAAACCCAAUCAUUGGGGCUCCACAAUCUUGCACUGACAAAAGUCCUUUUAUUACUUCCGCCAAGCGCAGCACACUGUAAUUGAUAAGAACAUCAAGCAACAUUUUAUAUAGUUUACCACUUUGAUACUCACAACGUUGAUGAAAAGCGUCACUCUCAGCUUCAUCCCUAAAACUAUUGCAUUCGCCUGGGUGUCUACCAUAGAAUAUGGUUGUUUUCCUCUCACCUUUUUCUCUUCUCCGCUCCACUGGGGUAACUCCGCAUCAGUGUUCUCCAACUCAUGCCAACAAGUUUGUUUUGCGUGACAUGGAACAUGGAAUAGUCUGUUGCAAGAGAAGGGAGGGUGGAGCAGUUUAAACGAUCAUGAUAGAUUGCACAUUUUGAUGUAGUUUAAAGCACAUAAAUUAAAGGGGACCUAUUAUACUAAUUUUCCUGCCUUUGUAUUGAGUGUUGGACUCCUACAGAGCAGCUACACAUGAUAACCUGCACAGAAAGCUUUCUCAAUCUUCCAGACUCUGCACCUCUUCCUGCAGUGUUUCCUGCCUCUCGCCCAAACGGUCUGAGUAAUUUACUCCACGCCUAGAUAUCUUGGUGACCCAGGCAAUUGCCUGUGUUUGCCUAAUGGUAUGUCCGCCCCUGCAUUUAAUUGUUCUUCCUGUCACUAUCACUGCCAUACGUAGAUGAAUAAAGAUAUAUUAUUUGUAAUCAUUCUCAGGCCAAAUAAGUGAAAUGGGAUAUUCUCCAGGCACGGUGGCUGAGAAUUACUGACCCAUUGAUUGGCAUAAUAAUUUAUUUGACCUUUCUUGAGUAUCUGAAGCUUGACAAUAACAGUGUAAUAUCCCUGAAAUGAGUCUUGAGUGAUGCAGACAGACCAGAAGUGGGUGAUAUAAUUAGUCAUCAGUCAAUUCAUUCUGCUGAUUUGGAUGAAAAAUAUGAAUAAAUCUUGCUACCUUGCCUCUACUGAGAUAUUUAAUAUAAAUACAGCAGUCAGUACUGUGCAGCAUAGACCGUAAUGUAGUAGUAAUACUGUGUAACACUGCCAUCUUGUGUUCAAAGUUGUGAUUGAUAUGAUGAACUUCUAUUAAAUGAGUAUACGCUUAUACUUGUACAGUUAUACUGUAAUUCAACAUCCCUCUUCGGGCAUAUAUUUUAAUCUUUUGUGCUAGGAUUAUUUAGUAAUAAAUACAAAUUUUACUAAUCAGUGAUGGCUUGAACUUGAAGUUCUCUCGGUUUUGCCGUGUAUAUUUCAUGCCCCACUUUUUCAGCCGUAUAAUGAAUGAUACCUUAAGAACCACAUGCAUUUCUGCAUCCUGAUGCAUUUGCUGCAAUUUCUAUGUGUUACCAAACACCCUGAAACUCAAUUUUUACCUAAAAACACUUGAAUAACUCUUGUGCCCAUAAACAGCAUAACAACAACAUAAUUUAGUAGGAAUU